AUGUAUCUAAGCACUAUAAAAGCUCGACGUUUUAAGCCCUUAGCACAUUCGAUAACUACCUUCAUCGACUUCAACAAAACAACCCCUACCACCAAAAUGUUCAAACUGUUCGUUCUCUGUGCUUUCUUGGCUGUUGCCUCAGCUGCCCCUGGUCUUGUGGGUCCCGCUAUCGCGUCUCCUUGGGGACACGGAGCCUGGGGUCAAGGAGCCUGGGGAGGUGGUCUGAUCGCCGCUGCCCCUGCUGUCGUUAGCGCACCUCUUGUCAGCGCACCCAUUGUCAAACAAGCCGUUCCAGUUGCGACCUCAUACGCCAACACUGUCAGAAUUGCGUCCCCCGCAGUAGCGGUCGCCCACGCACCCGCUGUUGUUGCCGCCGCUCCUCUUGGUCACGGCUGGUAA